ACCAGCACGAGAAACAGCAUCAGCCCCAGCACUAGCACCAACACAAGCACCAACAUAAGCACCAGCAUCAGCACCUCACCAGAACAAGCAAUAGCAUAAGCACCAGCACAAGGACUAGGACAAACAAUAGCACCAGCACCAGCCUCAGCACCAGUACCAACACCAGCAACAGCACAAGCACUGGCACAAGCACCAGCACCAGCACCAGCACCAGCACCAACAUCAGCACCAGCACCAGCCUAAGCACCAGGACAGGAAAAAGGCUUGCGCUGGUGCUUAUGCUGGUUCUUAUACUAGUGCUAGUGCUUGUGCUGGUAGCGGUGCUUGUGCUGGUGCUUUUGGUUAUGUUGGUGCUUGUGCUUCUGCUAAUGCUAGUGCGAGUGCUGAUGCUGGUGCUAAUGCUAGUUCUGUUUGUUGUAUUGGUGCUUGUGUUGGUGCCUGGGCCUGUGCUUACGCUUGUGCUGGUGUUUACUAGUUCUAAGGCUGGUGCUGGUGCUGGUGCUGGUGCUGGUGCUUAGGCUUGUGCCUGUGUUUGUGCUGGUGCUCGUGUUGAAACUGGUGCUGAUGCUUGUACUGUUGCUUUUGAUCGUACCAGUGCUUUUCCUGGUGCUUGUGCCCUUGCUGCCUCCUGUACCGGCGCUUGAGAUGGUUCUUGUACUAGUUCUACUGCUGUUGUUGGUGCUUGUGCUUCAGCUGAUGCUGGUGCUAGUGUGGUGCUGAUGCUGGUUCUGAUGCUUCUGCUGGUGCAGGUGCUUGUGCUGGUGCUAAUGCUGAUACUUGUAAUGGUGCCAGUGCUGAUGCUGGUGCUGAUGCUUGUUCUGGUGCUCGUACCGGUUCUUGUGCUGAUGCUUGGGCUUUUGCCGGCCCUUGUGAUGGUGCUUGUACUAGUUCUAGUGCUAGUGCUGAUGCUGGUGCUAGUGCGGGUGCUUGUGCUUGUGCUGAUGCUGGUGUUGGUUCUAGUGCUGGUGCUUGUGUUGGGUUUUCUGCUGGUGCUUAUGCUGGUGCUGGUUCUGGUACCUGUACUAGUGCUGGAGCUUGUGCUCGGGCCGGUGCUGACACUUGUGCUAGUGCUGGUGCUUGUGCCGGUGCUUGUGCCAGUACUUGUGCUGGUGCUGGUGCUGAUGCUGAUGCUGGUGCAUGUGGUGGUGCUUAAGAUGGUGCUGGUGCUGGUGCUGGUGGUGCUGGUGCUGGUGUUGGUGGUUCUUAGGCUGGUGCUGGUGCUGGUACCUGUACUAGCGGUGGAGCUGGUGCUGGUGCUGGUACUUGUGCUGGUGCCUGUAUUGGUGCCUGUAUUGGUGCUGAUGCUGGUGCUGGUGCUUGUGAUGGUGCUUGUGCCUGUGUUUGUGCUUGUGCUUGUGCUUGUGCUGGUGCUGGUACUGGUGCUGAUGCCGGUGCUUAAAUUGAAGCUUAGUCUGGUGCUGGUGCUGGUUGUGGUGGUGCUGGUGCUGAUGCCAGUGCUUGUGCUGGUGCUGGUACCUGUACUAGUGCUAGAGCUGGUGCUUGUGCUGGUGCUUGUGCUGGUGCUGGUGCUUGUGGUGGUGCUUGUGCUGGUGCUUGUGCUGGUGCUUGUGCUGGUACUUGUGCUGGUGCUUGUGCUGGUGCUUGUGCUGGUGCUUGUGCUGGUGCUCAUGCUGGUGCUUGUUCUGCUAUCUACAACUACAAUUUAAUUUACCCUUCUCUUUUAUGAUGCUUAGUAAUCACAAAUCAUUAUACAAUGUUAAUUUAGGCCACUCAUUUGUUUCAGAACACCAAACCAGCCACCCCACAGCCACCAUAGUCAUUAUCACCAACCCUCCAAUCAUUUUGGACAUACCAACACCAUCAAAUCAAUUCGACCCAGUCAGCCCCCACCCAAGUACGUCACCAACACACAGCCUCGCAUUCAAAUUAACUCUUUUAAUUCUAAAAAGAUUUUCCGUUACUCACAAUACAUACCCCACAUCUCAUCACACUCACCAUCUAGUAUCCUUCCAAGAUACAAAACCCACAAUGCCACAGUCUCAUUCUAACACCCUCCCAUAUCCAACAUCAUUAUACUAUUCAGCAUCAUCAACGUCACUUUCACCACUACCAGCACCCCCAUCAUUAUCAUCUUCACCCCCACUCACAUCACCAUCGCUACAUUCAUCAACAUCAUCAUCACUAUCAUCACCAUCAUCAUUAUCUACAUCAUGAUCACCAUCAUCAUUAACGAGACGAGCCAAGAGAAAAACACGUUCAAAACAAAAGACACAACCACUUCAAACCAACACUGUUCUAAACCUCUCGACUUCCCCCCUUACCAAUGACGAGCUUACAUUACUGUCAAGAGAACUCAAUUUUUGCCCCACCCCACAAAACAUAGACAGGAACAAACUCAACGCAGAUCUGACUGAAUUCAAACGCAGAAAACGACUGAAACAUUACUUCCACAACAACGACAAAGACAAGAAUAAAGACAUAAAACAUGGAAACUCUUCUGACAACAAUACGACCACUGUAUACAAAAAGAAAAGCAACUGGACACCCCCACGAGGCUUAGAUCCGGCUUUAGACACAUUCAUCAACAAAAUCGACGACGACAUUAAAAACAUACAGCCGACUAAAAUAACAGAUAACCUCUCUAACACGGAACGGAACGUACAGAAAAACCUCACCAGACACACUGACAUCGUCAUCAAUCCCGCCGACAAAAGGUCAGGAGUCGUAGUCAUGGACACGCAGUUUUACAUAAACGAAUGCAACAGACAACUGAGCGACAAGACUUUUUACAUAAAACAAGACAAAGAUACAACCAACAAAGUUACGAGAACAGUGACCAAUUACUUACGACUGAUGAAAAACGACAAUCACAUUAACGAAGAAACAUUUACCUACCUACCACCCAAACAACCAACAUGCUCCAGAUUCUACAUUCUACCUAAAAUCCACAAAGACCGCAGCAAACUCCCUGGACCCAUUGUCUCAGCUAAUGGCCAUCCUACAGAGCACAGCUCAGAAUACGUCAGCAACAUCCUAAACCCACUGGUCUCCAAACUGCCAUCUUAUAUCAAAGACACCACAUAUUUUCUUAACAAACUCAACUCCAUCUCCACACUUCCCAACGACUCUCUCCUUGUCACCCUUGACGUAUCAUCCUUAUACACCAACAUCCCUCACACAGAAGGUAUCCAAGCUGCUAGGUUACACCUCGACGAACGCACCUCCAAAACUCCCCCCACAGAAAUUGUUUGCGACCUCAUCAACAUUAUUCUGACAAAUAACAACUUUGAGUUCAACGGAAACUUUUUUUUACAAAAACAUGGCACAGCGAUGGGUACAAGAAUGGCACCACCCUACGCCAAUAUCUUUAUGGGAGUCCUUGAAACCAAUGCCCUUGACAAAGCCCCGCACAAGCCUCUUGUGUGGUGGCGUUUCAUCGACGACAUUUUUAUGAUUUGGACACACGGACAAGACAAACUCACCGACUUCAUCGAUACACUCAACAACACCCAUCCCACCAUCAAAUUCACCACAGAACAAUCCAAAAAAUCCAUACAUUUUCUUGACGUCACUAUUUCCAUCAAUAAUGAUAAUACCCUCUCUACAGAUCUCUAUAUUAAACCCACGGAUACACACCAAUAUCUCCUCAGCAGCUCCGCACACCCCAAACACACCAAACAAUCCAUUCCAUACAGUCUUGCCCUACGACUACGACGGAUCUGCUCCGAAGACGAAACGUUCAAAUAUCGCACGAGACAACUACUGGAAUACUUGACAAAACGGGGUUACAAACCCAAACAGACAAACAAACAAAUACAGAAGGCUGCUAAGAAAACCAGACAAGACUGCCUCAAGACCACCAAACCACGCACUAAUCAUCGCACGCCAUUUGUUUUUACCUACCACCCAGCUUUGCCACAGCUAUCCACCAUACUCAAACAAAACCUUGACAUACUACAAAACUCUAACACAUGUAAAGAAGCCUUCCCCAACGCACCCAUACUUAUUUACUGCAGACCAAAAACCUCCGGAAUUUACUGGUUCGUGCCAAAAUUAAAAAUGACACACCCAGCGAAACCAGAGGUUCAUACAAAUGCCAAUCGCGACGUAACUGUUUAACAUGCCAACGUAUCACAGACGGGACUACAACAUUUAAUUUUUCUAACACUGACAAAAACUACGACAUAAAACAACGACUGGACUGCAACCCCACCAACGUCAUAUACGCAUUACAAUGCAAACUCUGUCUACAUAACGGAAACAAAAACUGUCAAUACAUCGGACAAACUAGCAGACGACUUAAAGACAGAUUUAGCGAACACCGACGAGACAUUAUCAACAAAAAAGAAGAAAAGUCUGGUGUUGCAGAACAUUUCUGCAGCCCAGCACACACCAUCCACGACCUUGCCAUAACACCACUACUUAGACUUAAUGACAAAGGAGAGAGUGUUCGUCGAGCUAAGGAGCAAUAACUCAUUGGCAUGACGAACACCCUUACCCCCAACGGUAUGAACAGAACCAACGACCUUUAACUUUAUAAAACAACUUAUCACAUAUCACGCCGCCCUCACAACCCACACCAUAUUUUCCCUACCAUUAUAAUCAUCAUCACCACCAUUACUAUCAUCAACAUUUCAUCAUUUUCAGUUCCAUCACAAUUAUUAUUAUUUAUAUUAUUAUUAUUAUUAAUAUUUUUUUCAUGUUUAUAGUCAUCAUUAUCAUCCCAUUGCAUCUAUCUCCAUAGCACCACCUACAUCCCCUUACAUCACCCACAACCUUUCCCUCCCCCACUUCAAUCAUCCCAUUUUUUCUCCACUGCGCUGCAUUCACACCAUUCAACAUCCACCAAUCUGGCACCACCAUCUCACAUUUCAAAUCCAUUCACUCGUUCGUUCAUUUACUCUGCUGAAGCCCUGUAUGUCGGAGCAAAAUAUUAGUAUACUCUUAAAUUUAAUUUAUUUUGAAAAUUUAUUUCGUGACAUUGGAUUCUCGUCGUCGUAUUGCUUUGUUCCUGUAUACCUUUCUUGUUCUGGUACCUGUACUAGAGCCGGUGCUGAUACUUGUGCUGGUGCUUGUGCCGGUGCUUGUGCCAGUGCUUGUGCUGGUGCUGCUGCUGGUGCUGAUGCUGGUGCAAGUGGUGGUGCUUAAGAUGGUGCUGGUGCUGGUGGUGGUGCUGGUGCUGGUGCUGAUGUCGGUACUUGUGCUAAUCCUUUUGCUAGUGCUUAUGCUGUUGUUUGUACUGGUGCCGGUGCUGAUGCUGGUGCUUGUGGUGGCACUGGUGCUUGUGCUGAUGCAGGUGCUUCUUCUGGUACCGGUGCUUGUGCUUGUUGCGUUGCUGGUGCUUAUGCUUGUACUAGUGAAAAAGCUGGUGCUGGUGCUGAUGCUAGUGCUAGUGCUGAUAUUGAUGCUGGUGCCUGUGCUUGUGCUGGUGCUUGUGCGGGUCCUGGUGCUUGUGCUGUUGAUUAUGCUGGUGCUGGUGCUUGUAUUUCUGCUGGUGCUGGUGCUGGUGCUGGUGCUGGUGCUGGUGUUGGUGCUAGUGCUGGCGCUUCUGAUGUCCUGGUGCUUAGGUUGGUGGUGAUGCUGGGGGUUGUGAUGUUGGUGGUGCUGGUGGUGGUGUGUGUGGUGGUGCUGGUGCUUGUCUUGCUGCUGGUGGUGGUGCUUGUGCUGGUGCUUGUGCAAGUGCCGGCGCUUGUUCUCGUGCCUGUACUAUUGCUGUAGCAGGAACUGGUGCUGGUGCUUGUUCUGAUUCUGGUUCUAGUGUUGGUGCUAGCGCUGGUGCUGGUGCUGGUGCCUGUGCCUUUGCUUUUGCUGAUUUUGGCGCUUCCGCCUGUCCUGGUGCUUAGGCUGGUGCUGGUGCUGGUGUUGGUGGUGGUGCUUGUGCUUGACCCUGUGCUUGUUCUUAGUUUCCUAGUGCUUGGAUUUUAGAGCUGGUGGUGGUGCUGGUGCUGGUGCUUGUCCAUGCACCGGUGCCAGCGCUUGUGCUGGUGCCUGACUAGUGCUGGAGCUGGUACUGGUGCCUGCACUAGUGCUGGAGCUGGUACUGGUGCCUGUACGGUUGCUUUUGCUGGUGAUGGAUCUUGUGCCUGUCCUUUUUCUGAUGCUUCUGCAGAUGCUGGUGCUUGUGCAGGUGCUUGGGCUGGUGCUGGUGAUAAUGCUGGUGCUGGUGCCUGUGACGUUGCUUGUGCUUUUGCUGGUGUUGUUGGUGGUGCUGGCACUUGUGCCUGUCCUUGUGCAUAGUACUAGUGCCCGCGCUUUUGCUGGUCCUUGUACUAAAGCUGGUGCUGGUGCUGGUGGUGCUGUUGCUUAUGCUGGACCCGGUUCUUGUUUUGGUGCUGGUGCUAGUGCUUGAGGCGGCUCCUGUACUUGUGCUGGUUUUUGUACAAGUGCUGGUGCUGGUGUUGGUGCUUGUGCCUGUGCUGGUGCCUGUACAAGUGCUGGAGCUGGUGCUUGUGCUGGUACUUGUGCUGGUGUUUAUGCUGCUGCUUGUACUGGUGCCGGUGCUGAUGCUGGUGCUGUGACUUGUGCUGGUGCUGGUACUCGUACCGGAAACUUGGGCCAGUGCAAGUGCUUGUGCUGGUGCUGGGGCUGGUGCUUGAGCUGGUGCUGGUUUUGUUGCUUCUGCUUGUGCUUUGGCCCUUACUUAGGCCGGUGCUGGCGUUUCUGCUGGUGCCAGUACCAAUGCUGGAGCAGGUGCUGUUGCUUAGGCUGGUGCUGCUGCUGGUUGCAGUACUGGUGCUGGUGCUGUAGCUGGUGAUGGUACUGGUGCUGGUGCCUGUGCUGGUGCUUAGGCAGGUGCUGGUGCUAGUGCUGGUGAAGGUUGUGGUACUGGUGCUUGUGCUGAAACAAUUGCUUGCUCUGGUGCUGGCACUGGUGCUUAUGCUGGUGCAAGUUCUGGUGCUUAGGCUGAUGUUGAUGCUAUAGGUGCUGCUGGUGCUGCUGUUGAUGCUGGUGCUUGAGCUUGUGCUGGUGCUGGUGCCUCUGCUGGUUCCUGAGCCGGUGCAGUUGUUAGUGCUUGAGCGGUGCUGGUGUCUGUGCUGUUGCUUUUGCUGAUGCUGGCGCUUGUGCCUAUCCUGGUGCUUAGGCUGGUGCUGGUGCCGCUGCUGGUGCUGGUUCUGGUGGUAGGGCUGGUGGUGGUGCUGGUGCUGGUGCUUGUGCUUGUGCCUGUCCUUGUCCUUAUGCUGGUAUUGGUGCUGGAGGUGAUGCUUGUUCUGGUGCUAGAGCUGGUGCUGGUGCUGGUGCUGGUGCUGCAGCUGGUGCUAGUUCUGGUGCUUAGUCUGGUGCUGCUGCUGGUGGUGGUUCUGGUGUUUGUAUUGGUGCUGGAGCUUGUGCUGGUGCUGCUGCUAGUGCUGGUGGUGGGACUGGUGGUGGUGCUGGUGCUUGUGCAUAACCCAGUGCUUGUGCUGGUGUUAGUGCUGGUGCUGGCGCUUGUGCCUGUCCUGGUGAUUAGGCUGGUGCUGGUGCUGGUGCUGGUGAUAGUGCUGGUGCUUGUCCUGGACCUAGUGUUUGUCCUGGUGCUGGUGCUGGUGCCUGUGUUGUUGCUUCUGCUGAAGCUGGUACUUAUGCCUGACUUGGUGCUUAGGAUGGUGCUGCUGGUGCUGGUACUUGUGGUGCUGGUGCUGGUGGUGGUGCUUGUGUUGGUGCUGGUGACUUUGCUGGUGCCUGUGCUGGUACCUGUACUAGUGCUAGAGCUGGUGCUGGUUUUCGUGUUGGUGUUCUUGUUUGUCCUGGUGUUUGUAACAGUACUAGUUCUGGUGCUGGUGCCUGUGCUGGUGUCUGUGCUGGUGCUUGUGCUUGAAGCAGUAUUUGUGCUGGUGAUGGUGCUGGCCCUUGUGCCUCUCCUGAUGCUUAAGCUGGUGCUGCUGCUGGUGCUGGUCCUGGUGCUGGUGCUGGUGCUGGUGCUGGUUCUGGUGCCUAUGCUUGUGCUGGAACCGGUGCUUGUGCUGGUGCUGGUAAUGGUGCUUGUGCUGGUGCCUGCACUAGUGCUGGAGCCUGGGCUGGUGCUGGCGCUUGUGCUAGUGCCUGUACUAGUUCUGGAUCUGGGGCUUGUGCUAGUGCUGGUGCCUGUGCCAUUGCUUUUGCUGAUGCUAGCGCUUCUGCCUGUUUUGGUGCUUAGUCUGGUGGUGGUGCUGGUGCUGGUGCUGGUGCUGGUGCUGGUGCUGGUGCUGGUGCUGGUGCUGGUGCUGGUACCUGUGCUUGUGCCGUUCCUUUUGCUUGUGCUGGUGUUAGUGCUGGUGCUGGCGCUUGUGCCUCUCCUGGUGAUUAGGCUGGUGCUGGUGCUGGUGCUGGUGAUAGUGCUGGUGCUUGUCCUGGACCCAGUGUUUGUGCUGGUGCUGGUGCUGGUGCUGGUGCUGGUGCUGGUGCUGGUGCCUGUGUCGUUGCUUCUGCUGAAGCUGGCACUUAUGCCUGUCUUGGUGCUUAGGAUGGUUCUGGUGAUGCUGGUACUGGUGGUGCUGGUGCUGGUGGUGGUGCUGGUGUUGGUGCUGGUGACUUUGCUGGUGCCUGUGCUUGUGCCUGUACUAGUGCUAGAGCUGGUGCUGGUUUUCGUGUUGCUGUUGUUGUUUGUGCUGGUGUUUGUAACAGUACUGGUUCUGGUGCUGGUGCCUGUGCUGGUGUCUGUGCUGGUGCCUGUGAUGGUGCCUGUACUGGUGCCAGUGCUGGUGCUGGUGCAAGUGAUAGUGCUAGACCCCGUGAAUGUGCUGGUGCUGGUGCUGAUGCUGAUUCCUUUACUAGUGCUAGAGCUAAUGGUGGUGCUUGCGCUGGUGGUGGUGCUGGUGCUUGUGCUUGAAGCAGUACUUGUGCUGGUGCUGGUGCUGGUGCUGGUGCUGGUGCUGGUGCUGGUGCUGGUGCUGGUGCUGGUACCUGUGCUUGUGCCGUUCCUUUUGCUUGUGCUGGUGUUAGUGCUGGUGCUGGCGCUUGUGCCUCUCCUGGUGAUUAGGCUGGUGCUGGUGCUGGUGCUGGUGAUAGUGCUGGUGCUUGUCCUGGACCCAGUGUUUGUGCUGGUGCUGGUGCUGGUGCUGGUGCUGGUGCUGGUGCUGGUGCUGGUGCCUGUGUCGUUGCUUCUGCUGAAGCUGGCACUUAUGCCUGUCUUGGUGCUUAGGAUGGUUCUGGUGAUGCUGGUACUGGUGGUGCUGGUGCUGGUGGUGGUGCUGGUGUUGGUGCUGGUGACUUUGCUGGUGCCUGUGCUUGUGCCUGUACUAGUGCUAGAGCUGGUGCUGGUUUUCGUGUUGCUGUUGUUGUUUGUGCUGGUGUUUGUAACAGUACUGGUUCUGGUGCUGGUGCCUGUGCUGGUGUCUGUGCUGGUGCCUGUGAUGGUGCCUGUACUGGUGCCAGUGCUGGUGCUGGUGCAAGUGAUAGUGCUAGACCCCGUGAAUGUGCUGGUGCUGGUGCUGAUGCUGAUUCCUUUACUAGUGCUAGAGCUAAUGGUGGUGCUUGCGCUGGUGGUGGUGCUGGUGCUUGUGCUUGAAGCAGUACUUGUGCUGGUGAUGGUGCUGGCCCUUCUGCCUCUCCUGAUGCUUAGUUCUGGUGCUGGUGCUUGUGCUGGACCCGGUGCUUGUGCUGGUGCUGGUAAUGGUGCUUGUGCUGGUGCCUGCACUAGUGCUGGAGCCUGGGCUGGUGCUGGCGCUUGUGCUAGUGCCUGUACUGGUGCUGGAGCUGGUGCUGGUGCUGGUUCUUAGGCUGGUGUCGGUGCUGGUGCUGGGGACUGUGCUGGUGCUAGUCUUGGUGUUGGUGCUUGCGCUUGUGCUUGGGUCGAUGCCUGGGCCAGUGCUGGUGCUUGUGCUGGUGCCUGUACCAGUGCUGGAGAUUGUGCUGAUGCUGGUGCAUGGGCUAAUUCUCGUACUGGUUCUUGUGCUGGGGCUUGGUCCGGUGCCGGUUCUUGUGCAGGAGCUAGAACUAAUGCUAGUGCUGGUGUUGGUUCUGGUGCUGGUUCUGCUGCUGGACUGGGUGGUUGUGCUGGUGCUGGUUAUAUUGCUUCUGCUGGUGCCUGGGCCGGUGGCGGCCCUUGUGCUGGUGCCUGUACAAGUGCUGGAGCUGGUGCUUGUGGUGGUGCUGGUAGUGGUGG